GGCACGCCGGGACGGGACCGGCCUCGGCGGGCUGCGGCUGAGCGUUAGGCGAAGAUGGAGCCCGUGACCGCCUUCCUGCGGGACGGUGUGUUAUCUCACCUGGAAACCUUGGAGGCGCGGGCUCUGGGGCUGGCCCGCCAGCAGGAGGCCCAGGAGACGCAGCGGCGGCAGCAGGAGCGCGUCGAAGCGCUGAGCGCCAAGAUCCGGGACCUGAGACGCCAGAGGGAUGAGCUCAGGGCCAGAGCCAAGGCGCGGCGCACCCGGCGCCUCCCGCAGCCCGGAGCCCCCGGCGGGAGCCCAGACCCCACCCCGCCGAGGGAGCUGACCGAGAAGGCGCUUCUGGAAAUGCGCCUGGAACGCACCCAAGCCGUCCUGCAGGCCUUUCACUGGACAGGAAUCAGCGGGAAGCAGACCAAGCCCGGGGCCUGCUUGUACAUCGGCACGGCCUUCGAGGGCACCCUCCUAGACCGCUACUACGUGGACCUGGUGGGCCGGGACCCUCCGCGCAUUCGCCGCCACUCGAUCCCCCCCUUCAUCCCCCUGGAGCAGCUCGCCGCCCGCCACCUGCGGGCGGACAUGCGGGGCUUCCUCCUCUGUCUCUCCCAGCACCUCAACGCCUACGCCAGCAGGAAGUACCAGGCCGACCGGUUCCAGAGCAGGUUCGCCGCCUGCCUGUCUGGCCCGAUGCAGAGGAACUCGGCCUGCAACCUGCUGUCCUUCACCUACCGCCUGGAGCAGGAGGGGCAGUCCUUCCACUUUGCCGCCAAGCUGGCCUACGCGGACCCCACCUCGAGCCUGCCCACAGACGUCACCGUCACCGUGCAAGGAACCCCCUCCGCCCUGAGAGAGGAGCGGCGAGCGGCCCACGCCGUCCAGUUCCGGCAGGAGCCUCUGCACCGAGCCUUUGCCACCUUAUCCGGCCUGGGCUUGGGGGCGGCGGGAGGGGUCUCGGAAGGCGUCCCGGGACUCGGCCCCCCGGACGGCCUGUCUUCCGGGCUUCUGCCUAAAACCCUCGGGCCCGGGGGCCCGGCGGGGAGGCGAUCCGGCGGGGAGACAGCCAGCGGCAGGGCGCCCUUCCCCGGGCCCAAGGCAGAGCACGCCACACCCGCUCGGACCAAGACUUGAAUCCGGCCACCCGGUCGGCUCUUCUGACCGGCGACAGGAGCUGGCCGAUGACGCACCCGUGGUGAGAAAUGAAACGUGGGAGAAUCUGUUUGUAGAUAGAAUAUAUUUUCCUCUUGAAAUACACAAUUAUUUUCUCUCCAA